AUGUGUGAGGACUAGAGAAGCAGCAUGAUGGUAGGAGGGGGAAAAGGAGGGAGGAGACUAGAGGGGAGGACAUAAAUUCUCCUAUGGAUGGAUGAACAUACUCUACCGCUCUCACUCUGACUCAUCCCCCUCUCUCUGCCCAUUCUCACAUUGGUGCAUUCUGCCUGUAUGCAUCGAUCAUCUCGGACACACACACACACACACACACACACACACACACACACACACACUCAGGCACGUUCACAGAGGCAGCUCCGCCUCCUCUGCAGUGUAGCGACAGCUAGCGAGGGGCAGCAAUGGAGGAGCGAGCAGUGCAGCAGGAUAAAAUAGAAGGAUCAUGGGAAGGAGGGCAUGAUGGAGGGAAGGCAGGCUGGAAGAGUGAGUGCUCCCUCUCCUCCCUCCUUAAACACUCCUGUCUCCUCUGCUGGUCGUCUCCUAGGGACACCGACGUCGUGGAAUCGGACGAGCGAGUCCUCGCCAAGGCAACCGAGAUCAGAGUAAGAAGACCGCAGCACCUAGCGCUGGAGCUGGAGAACGCCGUGACGGUGGAGAACUUGGAGCUCCAGGAGCAGCAGUCGGACCGCAAGGAGCUGGAGGAGACUCUGGUUAAAUUAGAGACACACAAAGAGACGCUGGUGCAGCAAAUAAAGGCAACUAGACAGAUGUGCUAUGAAGAGAGUCAACAGAUCUUGUCUCUGCAGGCGGAGGAGGUGCAGAAGGAGAGCCAGGUGGAGGAGUACGAGAGGGAACUUGCCAGAGUCAGGUGGAGGCUGAAGAAGCUCAGAGAUGAGGUGAAGCAGGCCAAGAGGAAGGUGGAGGAGGCUGGCGAGAGGGACACUCCUCUGCAGGACUCCAUCAGACAGUCCUAUGAAGAGAUCCUGCAGGAGGAGCACACCCUGUGUUCUAUGUCAGGAGGUGCAGUCACUCCAGAAAGCCAGCUGGAGGAGUCAACGUCUCCUGCAGACACCACUGAAGACGAUCCGCUUCCCAUGAGGCCUUGGGGAAGGAGCCAGUCGCUGCCUGCCUAUGCUGACCUGAUAAUGAGGGCCAGCGGCUCGUCUUUCUGCAAUAACCUCGCAGAUACCAGAGAAGAAGCUGACGAUAGCGGGACCAGCUCACCGAAGAUGGAAAGAUCUGACAUAGAGGAUGAGCCAGAAGAGGAAGGGGGAAACCCAGAACCUCUGAACCAACUGGACUUCUACCAAGCCAACCCCUUCGCCCACUGUCAGAGUGACCAUGACCUCUUCAAUGAAGACUUGUUCCCUAAAACAGACUCAUCUGGGUUUCUCUCUGCUGCUGACACUCUCGCUAAAUCUGGUGGAUUCCCUUCAGACCCGUUCAAAGGCAGCGACCCCUUUGCAGCAGAUAUUUUGUUCCCAGAGGCGAACGCCGGCACCGAUGAGGGGGCAGGGAAUGUUGGCGACGAGGCGGACACUAGUCUGUCCUGUGCUGAAAACAAAGCCUCGACAGGAACUCAGUGCUUUGAGUCUGAAUUCCCUGACGAAGACAGCGACAUAGAGAUUAGCUACAGCCGAGAGGACCUGGACGCCAUCGCUGUGGCUGAUGACUCUCGCGGAUUUAAACCCAUUCAGAGCUCGUCAGAGGAGCUGGGGCCAGUGCCCAUGCAGGGCUGGAGGUCCCAGGGUCAGUAUUCUAUAGAAUCGGACCCUAAUGGGUAUGAGCUGGACCUCAGCAUGGUCUCCCCUCCCUCUGACAUAGAAGAACAGAGCCUGGGAUCUCUAGCUGGAGAGGCUACCACCGAGGCAGCAGCAGGACUGGAACAAGGUCUGAGUUCUGGUUCAGGUCAGACUGCCCCUGAGCUUGGCGAACAAGUCCUGUUGGAACCAGAUUGGACAGGCGACAUAGAGCAAACUCUGUCCUGUUAUGUUACCUCCAGUCAGGGGGCAGAAUGGGACGGCAACGUCGAAGAGGAACCCCAAAAUCCUACAACUCCCCAAAACUCACUAGACUCCCAAAACCUCUUCAUCCAGCCCGACUCAGAUCAGGACAGAGAGCUUAGCUUUGAGUUGAGCUAUGAACCAACCAGUCAGUCUUCCUUUGACCCAUAUGGCUUUAAACUCAGUCCAGAACAUUCUAGUCACACCCUCUUAGACCCUGAUGAAGCUGAACUGAGCCCAGAAGCCAGUGAAAACGAUCUGACCUUUGACCCUGAGCCCUCCUCUUCUCAACCAGACGAACUGAACAUUGAUGGCUUUGAGUUUGACAUCACUUCCUCCCAAAUGGCACGGGACUGUGACCCUUAUGGCUUUAAGCUCAGCCCUGACGCAGAGAACCAAGAGGUUCUGGACCUUUGUGGCCAUGACAACCAGGAGGCAAUGGACCUUUGCACAUACGACAACAACGAACAAGUAGAACCCUCUAACUAUAGCAACCAGGAAGUACUGGAACCUCAUACCCAUGAAAACCAAGAAGUGCUUGAACAUUGCAGCCACAAUAGCCAGGAACUGCUGGAUUUGUGUAACAAUGGAAACCAAGAAGUGCUGGAACCUUCGAGCGUUGACAACACAGGGCUAGUUGAAAACCUGGAAUUCCUGGAUCUCUGUAGUCAUGACAACCAGGAGGUGGUGGAUCCAUAUUGCAAUAUCACCGAUGAGGAAUUACUUGAACCUUGUACCUAUGAUAACCGAGAAGUGCUGGAACCUUGUAGCCAUGGCAAUUUCGAACUGCUGGAUUUCUCCCUUCCUGAAAAUCAGGAAGUGCUGGAUUUAGAUAGCCACGGCAACCAAGACUUACUGGAUGUUGGUAGCAAAGAAAAUCAGGAAGUGCUAGUUUCAGGAAGCCACGGCAACCAGGAACUCCUGGAUCUCGGUAGCAAUGAAAAUCAGGAAUUGCUAGACUUAGGUAGCCAUGACAACCAGGAGGUGCUGGACUUGUUGAGUAAGGAGGUUUUCCCUGAAGCGAACAAUAACCAAUGCAUUGUGGAACCCCAGCAUGAGAUCAGUCCCACCGAUAACAGCUCAGAUAGUGAUGUGGCAUCAGAAGACCUGUUGGGACUUGGACUCACUAACACCAGUAUCUGCACUACCGACAAAACAAACACCAAUACUGCCGACACCCUCAACAUGGCCGUCAGCAACAUGCCUGCCAACCGGGACAUUGCACCAUCCAAUGCUCCCAUCGGUCUCAACUUGUUGGAAGGUGAUCUGGGUUCAGUGUUUGGGGCUGGAGGAUACUUCGGUUGUCCUGAUGUGGCUGAUGACCUAGAGCCUCUGGAGAGAAGGCAGGCAAACCCGGUAGCAGAGCCAGUGCGACCAGUCAGACCAGUGAGGCCUCCUCGGCCCUCGCUCAGGGCCAAGGAGAAGGCUCAGUCCCAGACUAAGGGCAUCGACCUGAAGUGAUCCGUCACCAACCAACACUCAUGCGGGGGGUUACCAUGUCAGCAGGGUUCCCAUGACCACAACGGCAACACAAGAGAUGGAGGUGGAUGAGGGGAGAAGUAAGAGGACAGGAGACAGAAUAGAUACAAACAGGGAUGGAAUGAUUAAAUAGACAGGAGGGAGAGAUCAUUCUGCUGUUAUGUAUUGCAAUAAUUCUAGUUUCAGAUGUUAUUUUUAUGUUUCAAAGGGACAAAUUAAAGUCAGAAUGGAAAGAUGAGAAGUAGGCAAGAUGUAAAAACUACUAGAUUUAAUGAUCACAAAUAAGGAAAUCUGAUUGGCUCAUGGCUUCAGUCUAUUUAGAGAGAUUUAGACAAGUCAGAGUUGGAAAACAACUAUAUGAAAUUUAACAACAUUCUUAUUCCCCCGUGUUUUUACCCCAAAUGAUGCUUGUCAAUCAGUCAUGAGGUUGAUAUUAUCUGUUAUUUAUUCACAGUAUCAGCUGCCAACUCACCCCUGUGUCCUCUUAGUUCAGCUUCCCAUCCUUUCCGACUUUCCGGUUAAUUAGGCAACAGUAAAAAUAAUCUCUUUGACUUGAGCUUAGUGUUGGAGCAUGUGUAAGUGGACUUUGUGUGACUUUGUCACGUAGAUAAAAAUGUAUAUAAAUGAUAUACUCAGCUA